AUGGAGGAAUCCGUUGCUCUCAUUGGCAUCAUGUGCUUGCUUCAGAAUCAAGCGAUAGCUCUGGUGGAACACCUCCUCCCUCUCGGGGUCGGCGUGCACGUGUUUGUGCGAGAACCGCGUGAUGAGGCUUCUGCAGGCGUGCGAACGCUGGACCCGGGCGCGUCGGCGUCGCUUUCUUCGUUGGCGGCUUCGCGCUUCUCCGGCCUGCCGUCUGGUCUCCCUCAUCGGCAAAACUUGCAAGUGCACCAAGUGGGCACAGCUUUCCCUGACAUUCUCUCCGCAACAGCAGACCUGGGCGUCGACGCACUUCUCUUGCUUCCUGGAUGCGAAUCGGCGAACCGACCGAGUCCGAAAGAGGACUGGGACAAACGCACAGGUUUCCCGUCCUCUCAGCGCCUCGACAGAAGCCUCCUUUCUGCAGGAUUGGCGUGUCUAGCCGUGGGGGGGCGUAUCGUCACCGGCUGCGACAUCUGUCAGCCCACGUCGUCCGCGGUGUCGCUGAAGGACGCCUCUGGAGCCCGCCACAUGCUUGGUUAG